CACCGCCCGCUCGGUGCCGCCGGUGCCGCCAUGGAGUCCGGCGGGGCCCAGAGCUGCCCCGGCACCUGCCUGGCCUUCAGCCGCACCCGCAAGGGGCUGGUGCUCAUCGGCGAGAUCGUGCUGUGCCUGCUGACCCUGAUCUGCUUCGGGGCGUCGCGCUCGGGCUACGCGGGGCUGGCUGCGGUGGAGCUCGUGUUCGCUGCGCUGGUGCUGCUGGCCUGGAGCUGCCGCCUGCCGCCCCGGCUGCAGGGCCUGCACUGGGGCUGGACCGACUUCACCCGCUGCCUGAUCGGGGCUGUGCUCUUCCUCAUCACCUCCCUCAUCGUCAUCGUCGGGCACCGCGACGGCGCUGGCAUCGCGGGAGGGGUGUUCGGGAUCCUGGCCGGGGUCCUGCUGGGGUACGACGCCUUCAUCACCCUCCCCACACGGCAGGCGCACACUGCCGCCCCCACUGAGUCCCCAGACGGUGCCUGAACAACCCAACAACUUCACAUCCCCCAAACCUCCCCAGGGCGACCCCAGCCUUAAAUUAUUGGGGGGUCCCGACCCCCGGGGGUCCCUCAGGGGUCGCCCCCUCCCCAGAUUCCUUCAGCAGUGCCUGGAACCGCCCGUGCCUCAGUUUCCCCGCGGGGAGACCCCCCCUCAGGGUUAAAGGAGCCCCUAAAGGGAUUUGGGGGCCCCCCUCGGUUUUUGGGGUUCAUUUUUGGGGUAUCCCCCCUCCCCUUCCCUCCCCCAGCCCGCUGAAGGGUUCUGGGGGUGAUAAAUUGGGAAAUAAAAGGUUUUUAUUAACGCA